GGACGAUCACGAUAUGGAAUUGUUGAUCGAAUAUUAUGCCAGAGAGAUCGGUGGCAUUUUUUAUCUGGGCCAGGGGCCAACAGACUCUCCAUAUCUACACCACGUCCUCCCGAUGGUGGACCAUAUCUCCUCCGUUCGGUAUGUUGUGGCAGCAUCCGCGUGCUGCCAUCUAGCGAACCGAUUCGGCGACGAAACACUGGAGAGGAAGAGUCUUUAGCUACGAUUGCAGGCAACAAAGCAGCUAAGAGAACGACUGGUCAGUGUCGAGCAGAAGGGGGACUUGGGUUCUCUGGCUACCAUGCUAUUGCUCGCACAGAUUGAUAUAUGCUCCGGAGACUGUACAGAGUUUGAGACGCAUCUCAAGGGGGCAAUGUCGCUGGUCAAGCUACGUGGCUCGGAUGGCACUGAUCGAUGCUUUUUUGAGCAGCGUCUUGUGUGGUAAGUGCAAGCAGCAACACUCCCCGUUCUCCAGCCCUAAUGUGCACCAGGCUGGAUAUCAUGGGAUCGACGACAACCCCCAGAAUGCCGCAUUUGAACAGCGUCGACGUGAAGAAGGCCUUGGACAAAUUCAAUACUACAAGCGGUAGAGAAUGGGGCUACGACGUAUUCUUCUGCCCCAUUGAUCUGUUUGAGUAUAUCGCCGACAUCACGAUGCUGUACAAGCUGCAACACAGCAGCAGCAGAUCCAACCAGGACACAUUGAACAAAGCCAUCCAGCUUGGCGCGGGCGUGCAGGCAUGGCACUCGCCGAAGUACAGCUCCGGCCCGCGCUUUCACAUCGUGGAGGCGUGGCGCGCUGGCAUCUUGAUCUACCUCGCUUGUCUAUUCGAUCUCCCUGACUGUGUCUUCGAGGUGCCCGGUCUAGUCCGGUUGACGGUCGACCAUGUGAAAGCCAUCCCGUCGGACACGCCGUGGAGGAACUCCAUACUCUGGCCCUUGUUCCAGGCGGGGUUGUGUCUAUCCCCCGGUGAUUUGGGCCAUGAUGUAGAUCAAUUCCAGGCCAGGACGUGGAUCCGCGAUGAACUCAGAUCAACCUUUCAUAGAAUCGGCUGCGGUCAUCCGAAGCGAGCGCUGCAAGCUCUGGAGAAGGUUUGGAGUCGAAGCGACGUUGAGCGUCGGUAUAAUUCGAUCAUGGUUGGCAUUCUGGCGCACCGGCUGAUGCUGGGUUGA